GGAGACAUCAUUCGCGCAGUUGAGAUUGUUACAUCGGGUCAUAGGUCCUUUGCCAGAGUUCGAGUGGAAAGGAUUAUUUAUUUUGGUGAUAAUUUAAGGAGCUGGUUUUGUUUCGAUUCCUUGAUACGUAGAUAAUCAACAAAAGUAAGCAUGAAUAAGUUAUUUGUGCUCGUGACCGUAGUUUCCGUUUUGUUGGUGGGGAAAACUGUGUUCUCGGCCCCUGCUCCCCAGGCACCGGAUGCAGCUCCGCGAUCGGCAGCUCAGGAUGUGCAAAUUGUGCGUUCUUACAGCGAAAAUAAUGGACUCGAUGGAUACAAGUUCACGUACGAAUUGAGCGACGGCCAGAUUCGAUCCGAAGUCGGAACGUACCGGGAUAUCAAGAAUGCCGAAGGCCAGGACGUAAAGGCACUGUUCGUACAAGGAUCGUAUUCAUUCGUUGCACCCGACGGAAAAACUUACUGGGUAAACUACACAGCCGACGAAAACGGUUACCAUCCUAAGGUGGGAACCGGUCCGACGGGAGGAAUUCAGCCGGGACAGGAUGCCCCAAUCGACGGUGCGUAGGAUGUGCGUGUGAUUUAAGUAAAAAUGCGAUUCGCGAUAUAUCGAUCGAUAGUGUUAGGAAUACUGUGCGUCAGAUUCGAAGAGAAGCAAUGAUAAAUUCCUCGUAGAAAAUUGUGAUGUAAGAAGAAAAUAAUGAAGAUGAUGAUUAAAAAAUAAACUGUAAAACUA